UUUCUAUUUUCAGAGAGAGAGGAGAGAGAGAGAGUGGAGUAUUUCAGAAGCUCACUGCUUCUCUGAUUUUGAGGCGUGAAAUGAAAUAGAGAGAGAAAGCAAGAGAGAGAGAGAGAGAGAGAGAGAGAGAGAGAGAGGAGUGCUGCACAAGUUUCACACACACUCUCUUAAGUAUCUCCUUUGACAAGAAGAAAGACAUUUUAUUUUACAUUCCCAUAUAUAUUUUUACUUCAUUCGGCUCUUUUCUUGACGUCAUUCUCUCUGAAGUUUACAGAGCAGAGAAACGAAGAACCCAGAAAAGGGGUGGUUUUGAAGGUUUUAGGAGACAACAAUGUUGAGAAAGAGGACCAGGUCAAUUCAGAAGGACCAGCACCAAAUGGGUCAUCAGCCAAUUACUAAUUCUGGGUCCGAGUCCUUUUUCUUCCAUUCUGAUAUUUUGAACAAUAACAAUCCCAAAAGGAACUCUUUUUCUGGUCUCCUUGUGGGUUUGAGCCCCAAGGGUUUAGCCACUUCCACAGAUUGUGAUUCAGUUAGGAGCCCAACAUCUCCACUAGAUUUUAAGCUGUUUUCAAGUCUAGGAAACCCCUUUUUCAGAUCAUCAAAAGCAACAAGAUCAUCUCAUGAAAAUGGUCAGCAAAGAAGCUGGGGUGGUAGCACUAAAGUAGGCCUAAUUAGCAUUAUAGAUUCUCUCGACGAUGACAUAAAAUUCCCAGGGAAGGUUCUUAGGUCAUCUGAGAGUAAGAACAUUCUUUUUGGACCUAAGUUCAGGGUUAAAACCUCUACUAGUGGUCAAGCAAACACCAAUUCUUUUGAGUCACCUAAAUCUCUGCCCAAAAACUAUGCAAUUUUCCCUCAUUCUUCAAAAACCAAACCACCCCUUGAAAAGGGCAGUUCUGAUGUUCUUUUCGAGAUUGGAGAAAGCCCUUUAGAGCCUCCUGACUCACUUGGGCAAAUCAGGUCCUGUUCAUUGGAUUCAUGCAGAACAAUGUCCAAUUCACCCAUUUCUACUUCCAUGAAUUUUUGUUUGGAGAACAAUGUCACAACCCAAGUUAGUUCCUCUCCUCAAUUUUUUGGAGGAAGUCCAAAUUCGAACCGAAUUUCCGGUACUAAGCUGAGCACAAUCCCUGUCUCCUUAGGUUCUGGCAAUGGCUUUAUUGGGUCUCUUUCAGCUAGUGAGAUUGAGCUUUCUGAGGACUAUACAUGUGUGAUCUCUCAUGGUCCUAACCCCAAAACAACUCACAUCUUUGGUGACUGCAUUUUGGAGACUGAGUCUUGUGAUUUGAGCAAUUUUGCUGCCAAGGCUGAUGAUAACAAGGAGAUUGGAUUUUCCCAGCCUAUUGGCAAAAACACUCGGAUUUCUGCUCCAUACCCUUCUAAUUAUUUUCUGAGCUUCUGUUACUCUUGUAACAAGAAGCUGGAAGAUGGCAAGGACAUCUACAUAUACAGGGGUGAGAAAGCAUUUUGCAGUUUGAGUUGCCGUUCUUUGGAGAUUUUGAUGGAUGAGGAAUUGGAGAAAUCCAAUGAUAAAGAUCCUGAAAACCCUCCUAACUCUCAUGACGUUGAUCAUGAUGAUGAUGAUGAUGAUGGGAAGGAACUUUUUGAAACAGGCCUCAUUGCUGCUACAUAGAGACAUUUUUUUUUUACUUUUUUAUUUUUAUUUUUAGUUUUGUUUCCUUUCUUUCCACAGCCACCACGUCCGUUAUUGAUGAGGUUGACAUAAAAAAAAAAUGAUAGACGCCAGUGAUCAUCCGUUUUAUAAAGAGCUGUUUAUGUGCAUCUUUUGGCAGCCAUGGAUGAUCGUUUUGUACAUUGUUGCGUUUCCUAAUCUCCAUUUCAGCUACCACGGUCCUGGUGGAUGAUGAGUUUUAUUCAGCUCCUUUUUUUUUUCCUUCCAUAAA